AACUCAAAUUCAAUGGAAGAGUUGAGAAGCGAGUAAGAAGAGAAAGAAAUGGAAAUAAUUGGUAAUUCAAUUCCCUAAAGAGAGAUCAUUUCGGAGGAAGUCAUUGCAAUUUCUUCAUGAUCAGCUGUAAUUGAAGGGCACAACGAAAAUGCUGGAAUCCUUCUCUGGAUCAUAUGUUCCCCUUCAUUUCUUCAAUUCACUCUCUAUUUUUGUUUCACGGUCAUCCGAAUUCUCAGCCCUCUUUCUGUUUUUCUUGAAAUCUCUCAUUCAAUUCCUUUUCUUUGACAUUGAUUAACAUUCCCAUUCUUUUUUUUUUCCCUUUCUGUUCUGUUCUGUUCUGUUCUGUUCUGUUCUGUUCUGUUCUGUUCUGUUCUUUACAACCCCUUUUCCGAUGUUGGAUCGUUUGUUGGUUUUUCAACGAUUUUAUGGUUGUUUCGAAUUUUUGGGGUGGUUACAUUUUGAUAUAGAAUGAUUUGAUUGGUUUUUUUUUACUUUUUUUUGUUCUUGGGAUGCUAUAUGGUUCUUGAGAUUUCUGUUUGAGAAAUGGAUUCGGCGAGGAGUUGGUUUAAUCAGCGUAGAGAUAGGUUGAGGGGUUCUACAAAGAAGAAGGAUAAUAGUAUGGGAGAGAAUGAGGAUUCUACUGCUACUGAUCAAAUGGAUGAGGAAGCGCUUUCUAAUAUCACUAAGCAGAAGGUUGCUGCGGCAAAGCAGUAUAUUGAGAAUCAUUACAAGGAGCAAAUGAAGAAUCUGCAGGAGAGAAAAGAGAGACGAAAUGUAUUGGAAAAGAAGUUGGCUGAUGCUGAUGUAUCUGAAGAAGAUCAAAAUAAUCUACUGAAGUUCUUAGAGAAGAAGGAAACUGAAUACAUGCGCCUCCAAAGGCACAAAAUGGGAGUUGAUGAUUUCGAUUUACUAACAAUUAUUGGCAAAGGUGCUUUUGGGGAGGUUCGUGUUUGUAGAGAGAAGACUACAGGUCAGGUGUAUGCUAUGAAAAAGCUUAAAAAAUCAGAGAUGCUUCGAAGGGGCCAGGUGGAACAUGUGAGAGCUGAAAGAAAUCUGCUUGCUGAAGUAGACAGCAAUUGUAUUGUGAAACUCUAUUGUUCGUUUCAAGAUGAUGAGUUUCUUUAUCUUAUUAUGGAGUACCUACCUGGUGGAGAUAUGAUGACUUUAUUGAUGAGAAAGGAUACUUUGACUGAAGAUGAAGCGAGGUUUUAUGUUGGAGAGAUAGUUUUGGCCAUUGAAUCUAUUCAUAAGCACAAUUACAUUCAUAGAGAUAUUAAGCCUGACAACUUGCUGCUUGAUAAAUUUGGGCACUUGAGACUCUCAGACUUCGGAUUAUGCAAACCAUUAGAUUGCAGUAUACUCCGGGAACAAGAUUUUGAUAUAGGGAGUACCCGUAAUGGAGCUGGGCAAAAUGAUGAACGCAAUGCAACUCCUCGUACUCAACAAGAGCAACUACAACAUUGGCAGAAGAAUCGAAGAAUGCUUGCUUAUUCAACAGUUGGAACCCCAGAUUAUAUUGCUCCAGAGGUUUUGUUGAAGAAGGGUUAUGGCAUGGAAUGUGACUGGUGGUCACUUGGAGCUAUUAUGUAUGAAAUGCUUGUUGGUUAUCCACCUUUUUACUCUGAUGAUCCAAUGUCGACUUGUCGGAAGAUAGUGAAUUGGAGAACUCAUUUGAAGUUCCCUGACGAGGCAAAGCUAUCCCUCUUGGCAAAAGAUCUCAUUAGUAAACUACUAUGCAAUGUUAACCAGAGGCUCGGUACAAAUGGUGCGGAUGAAAUAAAGGUUCAUUCGUGGUUUGAAGGCACUGAAUGGGAUAGGCUAUACCAAAUGGAAGCUGCAUUUGUUCCUGAGGUUAAAGAUGAGCUAGACACUCAAAAUUUUGAAAAGUUUGAAGAGUCUGACUCGCAAAGCAGUACUUCAUCUAAAACUGGUCCAUGGAGAAAGAUGCUCUCAUCGAAGGACAUCAACUUUGUUGGAUACACUUAUAAAAACUUCGAAAUUGUCAACGAUUAUCAAUUGCCUGGGAUGGCUGAAUUGAAGAAGAAAUGCAGCAAACCAAAAAGACCGUCAAUAAAAUCACUCUUUGAUGGCGAGUUGGAGGAAGGUGACGCAUCUGAUACACCUAGUCAUAGUCACCAGCACACUGGAGGAAGCUUUUCGAACUCAAUGACAUCUCCUAAAAUGGAUGAUGUUGAUAUCAGAAAAGAGUCGAUGUAAGGUGUCGAUUCUCCCGAGUAUUAUCAGAUGAAACAGCAGGAGCUCUGAUUCAUUAGCUAAAUAUCAUCAGUUCGAAUUUUUUAGUAUAUAUAGGUUCUAUUUAGGAUGGUGCGUUCUGCAUCUAAAUUCCUUGACCAAAUUCGAGCAACAAAGAAGGAGGCGGAGUCUUCGUCCAUGGUAAGCAUAGGUGAACAACAGAUGCUGAAAAAGGAAAGGAGAAAAACAGAGCUGAAUAGUUUUUUACCAUUGAAGUAUAAUGUUCUUUUUUCUUCUCUUUUUUUUUUUCCCACAUCUAAUUUGGUGGGUUUAUAUGAAAAAUUUGUUGUACAAAAGACACCAAACCAAUAGCAUUUACACGAGUAUCUCAGUGUAUAUAAAAUACAGCAAAAGCAAUUUGUUUCA